AUGGAAGAAGGACGCGUUGUGCCUGCAUGUUCUGAGCAGAUAAAGCCUGUAGUUGGUCAGAGGUUCGAAUCAUUAGAGUUUGCUCUCGCGUUUUAUGAUGUGUAUGCUAGGGCCGUUGGGUUUGACACGCGCAAACAAGGUGUGAGGAAGGUGGAUGAAGUUACAACGUGGUAUUACGUCGUAUGCAAUAGGGAGGGCCAUAAGAAGUCCAUCGACGAUGACCAGUUGAAUGCACGUUCCGGUUUCGCAAUGAAGCGCCGACGCUUAUCGAAGGGAUGUGGUUGUAAAGCUAGUAUUUCCUUCAAGUAUUUCUCUGCUAAUGGACAUCCAGGUUAUAUGGUACAUGAUUUCAUUGAGGUUCAUAACCAUGAGAUGGUUGAGUCCGAGCAUCAGCAGUUUAUGUCUGUGAACCGUCAUUUGGAUGACGUUCACCAGAAAUUCAUACUUGAUUGUUCAAAAGCGAAUAUUGGACCCACAUUGACAUUUAAGGUUUUGAAAGAAACUCUUGGUGGGUUUGACCACGUAGGUUGUACGGUCGGUGACAUCAGAAAUGCGUCACGCGACAUUAAAGCAUAUGCGAAUGGCUUCGAUGUGCAAAUGGUGUUGGACGACAUGGCGAAAAAGAAGGAGAUGUCUGAGUCAUACACAUAUCAUUAUGAAGUUAAUGAAAACAACCAGUUGGUGGCGUUGUUUUGGUGUGACGGCUUAAUGAAACGGAACUACCAUAUGUUUGGUGACAUUGUAGCCUUUGACACCACCUAUAACACAAACAGGUAUUGCAUGAUAUUUUGUCCUUUCACGGGAAAGGACAAUCAUGGAAGCCCUGUAACCUUUGCGGCGGGUUUGGUAUGCAAUGAGAAAUCAGGGGCGUUCGGAUGGUUGUUCAGACGUUUUAUUGACUGCAUGGGCAAAGCACCGAUGAUGAUUGUGACAGAUCAAGACAAUGGAAUGAGAUCAGCCAUCGAAGAGGUUCUGGUUGGCACGCGUCACCGAUGGUGUAUGUGGCACAUAAUGCACAAGUUGUCCAGCAAGGUCCCAAAUAGGUUGCUCAGGGAUGAACCUUUCAAAAAGGAAUUCAGUGCUUGCGUCUGGUCUGAUCUGCUUGAGCCUGACGCCUUCGAAGAGGAGUGGAAAAGAUUGGUGGAAAGUCAUGGGUUGGAAGACUUUGACUGGUUUAACUCAUUGUACGAACACAGGCAUUUCUGGAUACCGGCGUAUUUUAGAGAUUUUCCACUGGGUUCGAUGAUUAGGACAACAUCUAUUUCCGAAUCGGAGAACAGUUUCUAUAAGAGAUUUCUGAAGCCCCGUGCGAACAUAGCCGAGUUCUACAUGAAUUUCAACCAUGCUGUUGAGUUUCAGCGUAACAGUCGGACGGCGUUUGACUACCACGAUGCCACUGCUUUGCCCAUUUUGGCGACUACAUUGCCGUUUGAGAAACAUGCGUCGACGCUUUACACAGAUACGAUGUUCAGGAAAAUACAGGAAGAAAUCGUUGAGGGUAAUGAUAGAUGUCGUGUGCUAGGAUUUUCUUCUACUGAAUUUGUUGACACCUACAAGCUUGGGGAUAGCAAUCGCAAAUCGUAUUUGGUGACUCAUGAUCGGAGUGCGGAGUCAUAUUAUUGCGAAUGCCAACUAUUUGGUAGGCAUGGAUAUUUGUGCAGACACAUUUUUUUCCUUUUCAGGAACAAUGAGUUGAAGAAAAUACCAGAAAAAUACUGCCAGAGUAGAUGGAUGAAGACUCCGCUAGCAAAGGCGGUCCAUGGGGAAAUACAGGAGGACAUACCUAUCAGAUCUGUUGGUGACGAUAGGCAAGCAUUGUCAAAGCAAGGCAUUUCUAUGUUCUAUGGUUUCCUCCGGCGAUUUGAGGAAGACAUUGAUUUGCUACGGUCAUUUGUAGGCGGCGUUGAAGAACUUGGUAAAUCUCUGCAAGCUGGGAAUCCGACAACGUCAGCAAUUGAAAAAAGGCGAAUGAUUGAAGAGUUCUAUGGCAUGGCGCGGCCUGAGGUUGUGGAGGUUCAUCCUCCAGAUGUUGUCAAGACCAAGGGGCAUGCAAGCAGCUCAAAGAGCCGACUGAUUUCGAAAAGGGAAAAGGCUCUAAAGGAUGCUAGUCGGCCGCAAAGACGAUGUAAGGCUUGCGAUGAGAUGGGCCACCAUGACUCCAGAAAUUGUCCUAGACUUAAAGAGAUGGAGAUAGAGAAAGAGAUGGGGAAGGGCAAGAGGACGAUGUGA